UCGACUAGUUCCACCACCGCGCGUGCCGUGUCAGGCGACCAUCGCACUGCUCCGGCGGCCGCCACGGGAGCACCAGGACCCAACGCGGUUGCGGAGACGCCUCCCCUCGCGUCCCAGAUAAGGCUCCGCCGGCGAGACGAGAGUGACGAGGUCUCGGGAGGGCGAGAUGGUCUGGGCGCUGACACCCGUCAACACAGCGAGUGGGUUGCAGAAGUUCUACUUCUGCGCCGCCGGGACGUACAAGGUCGGUCGAAAAGGUUGUGAUAUCCUUGUACCAACGGACACAUCGAUAUCCCGAGUGCAUGCAGAGAUCACAAUUGAAAAGAUGGUUGCCUGGGAUCCACAAUCUGGUGCGCCAGCUACCCCUUCAUAUGUUAGUGUUGUUGACCGUUCGAAGUACGGCACAUUUGUCAACAAGGUACAAGGGACCCAGGGAAGUCGGCCACGUAAAGAUGAAGAAGUAAUGCUUGCCGAUGGGGACACUGUGACUUGUGGAACUGGGAAUACGACCUUCAGGUUUUCAUUUGUCCCCAUAGUGGUCUUCUUUCAUGGCAAAAAAUCAUCACGGAUUGAUCGAUCAUUGCAGGCAAUUAUGACAUCUAUUGGUGCAUACGUUACUCGUAAGUGGAGUGAUGAAAGUACACAUGUUCUUGUGGAUGAAUCAUCUCUGUUGACACCUGAGCUCCUUGAUGCAAUCAUCACAAAGAAGCCAAUCGUCUUGGGAAACUGGUUCAAGGCGAUGGCUGAAAAGAACGUGCACACUGAAAUCCCUUCUUGUACACAAUAUAUUCCAAACUUGACUCUUGAUGGGAUGGAGAUAAAGAUGGUUGAGAUCAAGCUCAUGGAGAAUUGCCUAGCAGGCUAUACUUUUAUCCUGGGAUCAUCGGAAAAGUAUAAAUUUGGAGAGAAACUGCAAGCGUUACUGGAAUCAAUUGGAGCAACAUAUCUCAGUGUUGACGAGUUUUGUGCUAACAGUCAGGAGUCUGGAGCUGGAGAGAACGACCAACAAAUUCUUCUUGUUCCUGCAAAAUCUCCAGUGGAAUUCAGUGAGAUACGUCAUCUGUUUCCUUUGUCCAAGAUCACUGACGUGAAGCUAUUUGUUGCUAUAUUGUCUGGUCGCUUGGAAGCAGCUGCUAUUGAACCACCUGCUUACAUUAUUACAUCCUCAAAUACGACAGAUGAAACUUUUGUGGCGGAUUCUGAUGUUGAAAUUGAUACUGCAAUAUCUGAUCAUACUGUUGCUGCUAGCAAGUCUCAGCAUCAUAUUCAGCAAACCUGUGAUGAUAAAACGGAAGGCAAAUUGACAACCAGUGAUAAUGCUGUAAAUUAUGGAGAAACAAAGGUCAAUAUUGAUAUUCCUGACGACCUGGAGAAAGAUGAAAUUUCAAAAUCCAUGGAGGCUGAUGUUCAGGUCAUAGAGAAAACAACAACUCCUGUGUUCAAAGCUGGGUGUGAGGAUGUUCAAGUUAUAAACAUGCCACAGGGUAAGAAGUUGGAAAAUAGCAUGGAUAAGACAUGCAAUGCUGUUUUCGUAAACAAGGCACCAAAGGAUGAGAAGUUGGAUCCUAGCACGGAUGAGACUUGUCAUAUUAUUUUUAGUCAAGAUCUGAUUGUCAAAAGGGUACGUCAGACAGCUCAUGCUAUGACAACAGAAGCUGGAGGCGUUAACUUUAAACGCUUUAGAAAGAGGGAAACUGUGUCUGGAAACAGCUUCAGGGCCCUUAUCCCAUUUGCACGAGAACCAUACAGAGAAUCUGAUUACGAAAGUGGCACAUUGACGGAUUUCAUGCGAGAGGAGAAGCGGCGAAAACAAAUGGAAUCCAUCGCAGAGGACCUCUUCAACAAUCAGAAGUCAAAGAAAAAGGCGUCUGCAGGUAGUUCAAUUCAGACCCUACUCACUGGUCGCUGAAGAAAUCCAGGAGAAAAUUAUCCUCCGUUUUUGACUCUUGGUUGGAGUAUCUGAGCAACUGCAUCCUCCACUUCCCUACUGGACGUCGGCUCUGUUCUCGUGCGGCACCUUCGUUUCUCAAGUUUGAACGAAGGUUUAAUGGAGGCCUUACUCCCGUGGUUGAUGGUUCUUCCCACAGCAUGACGAGUAAAGCUGGCGAGUGAAGGUACAUAGGAAGGGUGCGUGUAAGACACACUUGUAAUCCAAGGGCAGUUCUCGUAAUCACAUUCUGGCAAGACGUUGGCGUACACGUCCAGAAAACUCUGCAGUGUUGUAUUGGUGUUAGUUUUCUCCUGGUCACCUCGAUUGUGUGCUGCCUUCGAUAGAGGCAUAGAGCGUCUGUAACUUCGACGGAAGCAGCCGGCAACGCGUACGAGUAGAUUUGGACUUGA